CAGAGUUUUCUACAAUUGAAUCAUUGAAUCAGUUCAUCUUGAAAUAUUUCAAUGCUCAAGUGUCAGUAUUGAACAACUUUAUCAGGAUUUAAUCUACACUACAAAAGUCUAUACUAGUUGGUAGACCUGCCACAACUGCAGCAGGAUGGCCACGGAGAGUAAGGCUCCGCUGCGCAGCGUGAAGCGUGUGCAGUUUGGCAUCCUCAGCCCUGAUGAAAUUCGGCGCAUGUCAGUAACCACAGGUGGCAUCAAGUACCCCGAAGUAUAUGAAAAUGGCCGCCCUAAGCAGGGAGGCCUCAUGGACCCUCGGCAGGGAUGCAUUGACAGGAAUACUCGGUGCACCACAUGUGCGGGCAACAUGACCGACUGCCCUGGCCACUUCGGGCAUCUCGACCUCGCCAAGCCCGUCUACCACGUCGGCUUCAUCACUAAGACCAUGAAGGUCCUGCGCUGCGUCUGCUUCUAUUGCAGCAAACUCCUCUUCAGUGCCACACAUCCGAAGAUCCGCGAGAUCGUGACCAAGGCCAAGGGGCAGCCGCGCAAGCGCCUGCUGCACGUCUACAACCUCUGCAAGGGCAAGAUGAUCUGUGAGGGCGGUGAUGAGGUCGACAUCGGGGCAGAGCGUGACGACCAGCAACAGCAGAAAGGCAAGAAGGGCACAGGGCACGGAGGCUGUGGCCACUACCAGCCCAAGAUAAAGCGCACAGGACUGGAGCUCAUCGCAGAGUGGAAGCAUGUCAAUGAGGACAACCAGGAGAAAAAAAUUGUCCUCUCUGCCGAGAGGGUCCAUGAGAUCUUCAAGCGCAUAUCAGACGAGGAGUGCUACCUGCUGGGCAUGGACCCGAAGUUCGCGCGCCCUGACUGGAUGAUCAUGACGGUGCUGCCUGUGCCGCCGCUGUCUGUUCGCCCCGCCGUCGUCAUGCACGGCGCCGCCCGCAACCAGGACGAUCUCACGCACAAGCUCGCCGAUAUCAUCAAAGCCAACAACGAACUCAUUCGUAACGAGCAGAACGGCUCUGCUGCUCACAUCAUUCAGGAAAAUAUCCGCAUGUUACAGUUCCAUGUAGCCACCCUAACUGACAACGAUAUGCCCGGGCUGCCUAAGGCACUUCAAAAGUCUGGCCGCCCUCUGAAGGCCAUCAAGGCGCGUCUCAAAGGCAAGGAAGGAAGAAUUCGUGGUAACUUGAUGGGCAAGCGAGUGGAUUUUUCUGCUCGCACUGUCAUCACUGCAGACCCCAACCUGCGCAUUGACCAAGUUGGGGUGCCGCGCUCCAUUGCACAGAACCUCACGUACCCUGAGAUCGUCACCCCCUUCAACAUGACCAAAAUGAUGGAGCUGGUGAAGCGUGGUAACAACCAGUACCCUGGAGCCAAGUAUAUCGUGCGUGACAACGGCGCCCGCAUCGACCUGCGCUACCACCCCAAGCCCUCGGACCUGCACCUGCAGUGCGGCUACAAGGUCGAGCGUCACAUCACCGACGGCGAUCUCAUCAUCUUCAACAGACAACCCACGCUGCACAAGAUGUCCAUGAUGGGGCAUCGUGUCAAGGUGCUGCCGUGGUCGACAUUCCGCAUGAACCUGUCUGUGACGUCACCGUACAACGCAGACUUCGACGGUGACGAGAUGAACCUGCACGUGCCGCAGAGCAUGGAGACCAGAGCAGAGAUUGAGAACCUGCACAUCACGCCCCGCAUGAUCAUCACGCCCCAGGCCAACAAGCCCGUCAUGGGUAUUGUGCAGGAUACCCUCACUGCCGUCUGCAAGAUGACCAAGAGGGACGUCUUCUUGGAGAAGCACGAGAUGAUGAACCUGCUGAUGUUCCUGCCCAUCUGGGACGGCCACAUGCCCCAGCCUGCCAUCCUCAAGCCUAAGCCGCUUUGGACAGGCAAGCAGCUCUUCUCGCUGAUCAUCCCAGGCAACCUGAAUCUCGUCAAGACGCACUCCACGCACCCCGACGACGAGGACGAUACCCUCAACAGGUGGAUUUCUCCCGGCGACACCAAGGUGCUGGUGGAGCACGGAGAGCUCAUCAUGGGCAUCCUCUGCAAGAAGACGCUGGGUUCGUCGUCAGGUUCGCUGCUCCACGUUGCCUGGAUGGAGCUGGGACACGAGAUUGCUGGCCGCUUCUAUGGCAACAUUCAGACCGUGGUGAACAAUUGGCUGCUGCUGCAGGGCCACAGCAUUGGUAUCGGUGAUACGAUCUCUGACCCCAACACCUACCUCGUCAUUCAGGACACCAUCGUCAAGGCCAAGGAGGAGGUCAUGCAGGUUAUCCACAAAGCUCACAAUGACGAGCUGGAGCCGACGCCGGGUAACACCCUACGUCAGACCUUCGAGAACCAAGUGAACCGCAUCCUCAACGACGCUCGAGACAAGACCGGCGGCUCCGCUAAAAAAUCCCUCACUGAAGAUAAUAACCUCAAGGCUAUGGUCGUCGCUGGGUCUAAGGGCUCCAACAUCAAUAUCUCUCAGGUUAUCGCGUGCGUGGGGCAGCAGAACGUUGAAGGCAAGCGAAUCCCCUUUGGCUUCCGCAAGCGCACCCUGCCGCACUUCAUCAAGGACGACUACGGUCCUGAGUCGCGAGGCUUCGUAGAGAACUCAUACCUCGCCGGCCUCACGCCCUCUGAGUUCUACUUCCACGCUAUGGGAGGUCGUGAAGGUCUCAUUGAUACAGCUGUCAAGACUGCUGAGACAGGUUACAUCCAGCGUCGUCUCAUCAAAGCCAUGGAGAGUGUGAUGGUGAACUACGACGGCACCGUCAGAAACAGCGUCUCCCAGGUCAUCCAACUCAGGUAUGGAGAAGAUGGCUUGGCGGGAGAGUUCGUCGAGUUCCAGAAAAUGCCCACAGUGAAGCUCUCCAAUCGCCGCUUUGAAGACAUGUACAAAUUUGACAUCACCAAUGAGCGGUAUCUGAGGCGCAUCUUCACAGAGGAUGUGGUGCGCGAGCUGCUUGGGUCCUCUGAGGCCAUCGCGCUGCUGGAGGAGGAGUGGCACCAGUUGCAGGAGGACAGGAAGGCCCUGCGUACCGUCUUCCCUAAGGGGGACACUAAGGUAGUACUGCCGUGUAAUUUAGAGCGGAUGAUCUGGAACGUCCAGAAGAUUUUUCACAUCAGCCGGCGUUCACCGACGGACCUGACGCCUGUGCGCGUGAUCGAAGGCGUGCGCAACACGCUGCGCAAAUGUUGCAUCGUGGCUGGCGAGGAUCGCAUCAGCGUGCAAGCCAAUGAGAACGCCAAGCUUCUUUUCCAGUGCCUGGUUCGCUCUACUCUGUGCACAAAGAAAGUGGCCGAGGAGUAUCGACUCAGUACUGAGGCUUUCAACUGGCUUAUUGGUGAGAUUGAGACGAGGUUCAACCAAGCUAUCACGAACCCUGGUGAGAUGGUGGGACCUCUGGCCGCGCAAAGUCUCGGUGAGCCGGCAACUCAGAUGACCCUCAACACUUUCCAUUUCGCUGGCGUGUCUUCGAAGAACGUAACACUUGGAGUGCCGCGACUGAAGGAGAUCAUCAACGUCUCCAAGAAGCCCAAGGCGCCGUCACUUACCGUCUUCUUAUCGGGCGCUGCUGCUCGUGAUGCUGAAAAAGCCAAGAACGUUCUGUGCCGUCUAGAGCACACCACACUCAGGAAGGUCACGUCCAACACGGCAAUCUACUACGACCCUGACCCCCAAAACACCGUCAUUUCGGAGGACCAGGAGUUCGUCAACGUCUAUUACGAGAUGCCCGACUUUGACGUGUCCAGGAUAUCUCCUUGGCUCCUGAGAAUCGAACUUGACCGCAAGAAAAUGACUGAUCGUAAAUUAACCAUGGAGCAAAUCUCUCAGAAGAUCAACUCUGGUUUCGGUGACGAUCUUAACUGCAUUUUCAACGACGAUAACGCCGAAAAAUUGGUAUUGCGUAUUCGUAUUAUCGUAGGAGAUGACAAACUUGCUGAUGAUGCAGAGGAACAGGUGGACAAGAUGGAGGACGACACUUUCCUGCGCUGCAUUGAAGCUAACAUGCUCAACGACUUGACAUUGCAGGGCAUCGAAUCCAUCAGCAAAGUCUACAUGCAUUUGCCGCAGACGGACGAGAAGAAACGCAUUAUCAUCAACGAGCAAGGCGAGUUCAAAGCCAUCGCCGAGUGGCUGCUCGAGACUGACGGCACGGCGCUGAUGCGCGUGCUGUCGGAGCGAGACGUGGAUCCUGUACGUACGUCGAGCAACGACAUCCUUGAGGUGUUUGAAGCGCUCGGCAUCGAGGCCGUGCGUAAGAGUGUCGAGAAGGAAAUGAACGCUGUGCUCAUGUUCUACGGCCUGUACGUGAAUUAUCGUCACCUCGCCUUACUGUGUGACGUGAUGACGAGCAAGGGUCACCUGAUGGCUAUCACGAGGCACGGCAUCAACAGGCAGGAUACCGGCGCCCUCAUGAAGUGCAGUUUUGAGGAGUCCGUCGACGUGCUCAUCGAGGCCGCGUCAUGCGCUGAGGUCGACCCCAUCAGGGGCGUGUCGGAGAACAUCAUCCUGGGACAGCUGCCCAAAGUGGGUACUGGAUGCUUCGACUUGGUGCUCGACGACGAGAAGUGUAAGCUGGGCAUGGAGAUUCCCAUGCCUGGUGGAGGGCUUCUGUACGGCGCCGCCGGCGGCAUCUUUGGAGCAUCGAGCCCCGGCUCCUCGUCUGGUCUCACCCCCGCCCACACCCCUUGGGCCUCGGGCGCCACCCCCAGCAUGAGUCCCUUCGGCUCCUUCACCCCCGGCGUGGGGAGCGGCAUGACCCCAGGGGGACCAGCGUUCUCUCCCGCGGCGGCAUCCGAUGCCACUGGCCUCUCCCCUGGCUACUCCCCUGCCUGGUCCCCACAGCCUGGGUCACCAGGUUCCCCUGGCGGCAUGAGUCCCUUCAACCCCUCGCCUGCCCACACCUCCCCGUCCUACUCCCCUUCUUCGCCUGCCUACCAGCCCGCGUCGAGGAUGACACCCUCGUCCCCAGGCUACUCCCCCACGUCACCAACCUACUCCCCCACCAGUCCCCAGUACUUGCCCUCACCGCAGUACUCACCCACUUCGCCAAGCUACUCCCCCACUUCCCCCAGCUAUUCCCCUACGUCUCCCUCCUACUCUCCUACAUCCCCCAGCUACUCCCCGACUUCACCUUCGUACUCCCCCACUUCCCCCAGCUACUCACCAACCUCGCCUUCUUACUCGCCUACUUCCCCAUCUUACUCCCCAACUUCACCUUCCUACUCCCCCACGUCUCCUUCCUACUCCCCGACAUCUCCCAGUUAUUCACCGACGUCCCCCAGCUACUCCCCCACGUCGCCGUCCCACAUCGUCCAAUCUUCCCCCUCCUACUCCCCCACCUCCCCAUCGUAUGCACCCAACUACUCACCUUCAUCUCCAGGCUACUCCCCUUCAUCUCCCAGCUACUCCCCCACUUCUCCCUCGUACUCCCCCAGCUCACCGCAGUACUCGCCUGCCUCCCCCACGUAUUCCCCAACAUCUCCCAAGUAUUCCCCCACUUCCCCCAGCUACUCUCCUGCAUCGCCAACCUACAGCCCCGGGUCGCCCUCCUAUUCCCCCUCCUCCCCCAAGUACUCGCCUACCUCACCCACCUACUCUCCCACUUCCCCCACCUACUCCCCAUCCAGCCCCAAAUAUUCUCCCUCAUCACCCAAGUACUCGCCAGCCUCCCCCACCUACUCACCUUCUUCCCCCCAGUACUCGCCUUCAUCCCCCAAGUAUUCACCCACUUCGCCCUCUUACUCGCCCUCGUCACCCAAGUACUCACCGACGUCGCCCACCUACUCGCCCACCACGCCAGGCUACUCGCCCACCUCGCCCAUCUACUCGCCCUCCUUCGACGACGACGAAGAAGACACGCGACGCAAGCAGAAGAAACCCAAGAAGUAAACACGUCAGGCGAAGACGCCCCUGCGCUGCGAAGUUGUUGUGGUCUCGGCGAGAGCCUCGCUGCUGCUGCU